AUGUGCCACUUCUGUGGAGCUCACAAUUUUCUAAGCGAACGCCCAUCCGAUGGGAAAUUUACAAGCUGUUGUCAAAAAGGGAAAGUUAAGUUGCCAAAGCCAAAAAACAUCAAUGACGUGGAUUUACAGUAUUCACAUUUUCUAUGUCAAUUACUGUCUGACAUAGCUAACCCCAAUCGCAUUCAUUUUCGUGACAACAUACGCUCUUACAACAGUGCUGUUUCCUUUGCUUCAAUGGGAGCUACAAUUGUUACUUUACCAGGAAAUGGCCCUUACGUAUUCAAAGUACACGGACAGACAUAUCAUCGCACUUCACACCUACAGCCCAUCAACAAUCAAGCUCCACAAUUUGCACAGCUAUAUGUUAUAGACAGCACACAAGCUGCCAACUUUCGUGAAGAACAUGCCGCUAAUGAUGACUGUCGACCAGAAAUCGUGGACCAAAUUGAUAGAUUCUUUCGCAAACACAAUCGCCUUGCACAUAGCUACCAGCUCAUUAGUAACAUUCAUAAACACCACCUGCUACUUGCAGCUCAAACAGGAGAACAAGUUCCAGUCGUUAGCAUGGCCCUCAGACGUGAUCGCCACUCUGAUUACAGACGAUACAACACUCCCACAUCCAACGAAGUUGCUAUGAUCUUUGUCAACGAAGAUGGGGAACCACCUUUCCAAAGAGACAUAAGAAUAUAUCCUAAGAAUCCUGAAGAUCCAAACCAGCCAUUCAUUAACCUUAACAUUCUAAGCCCAAACAUGGAUCCUAUGACAUAUGCACUUUUUUUCCCUUAUGGGGAACCUGGAUGGCAACCGAAUUGGCAAUGUCAUUCUUACAGUGGAGCACAACUCAAUCAAGUUCGCACCUAUGUUGGCAUGUUGCAAUACAAAGCCGCUUUAACAGCUAUUCGAGAUGAAUUCAGCCCCAUAAUGUCAGCAGGCAAAUUAACACAACAGUGGUUAGUCGAUUCCUAUCUUCAGGUUGAGGCAAAUCGAUUAAACUGCAUUCGCCACAAUCAAAAACGAUUACGUGCAGAACAGUAUCAAGGACUAGCUGACCACCUUGCAAACAUCGCAGACUAUAAUAACAUACCACCUGGUGUUCCCAUUAUUCUACCAUCAAGCUUUGAGGGAUCCCCAAGACAUAUGCGUGAACGUUGCUGUGACGCUAUGUCUAUUUUCUCUAAAUGGGGAGCACCAGAUAUUUUCAUAACUUUCACUGCUAAUCCAACGUGGACGGAAAUAAUAGACAACUUAAAACCAGGUGAACAAACUUCUGAUAGACCUGACUUAGUUGCACGCAUCUUCAAAAUCAAACUUGAUGCACUUAUGGAUGACCUCACCAAGCAUUGCCUUUUUGGACAAACAAAAUCCUUUGUCUAUACUAUAGAGUUUCAGAAAAGAGGCCUUCCACACGCUCACAUACUGCUUGCACUAAGAGCAGAAGAUAAUUUUACCACUGCUGAAAGAAUUGAUAAAUUUGUUUCGGCAGAAAUACCACAUGUGCAAACUCCAAUUUUAAGACAAAUCAUUACCCGCUGUAUGCUACAUGGUCCAUGCGGCACAUCUACUCCACGAGCACCCUGCAUGAAAGAUGGCAAAUGUACCAAGCAAUUUCCAAAAGAUUUCAAUGAAAACACCAUCAUACACCGUCAUGCAUAUCCUGUGUACCAACGUCGAUCUCAACAAACUGUUGAAGUUCGAGGCGUACUUAUGUCCAACCAAAAUGUUGUACCAUACAAUCCAUACUUAGCCCUAAAGUACAAUGCACACAUAAAUGUGGAAGUUUGCACAUCCCUUUACGCUAUUAAGUACAUCUACAAGUACAUUUUUAAGGGUUUUGAUUGUGCUAAUGUGGUCAUAAAUCCAAAUGGUCAGCCAGAGCAGCAGUACAAUGAAAUACAACAUUUUAUUGACUGUCGCUAUGUAAGCCCUCCAGAAGCUAUUUGGCAAACAAUCAUCUUUGAACACGGACACGAGGAAGAAGCACUCCUUGCAGCCCAAACUGGCAAAACUAAACUUGAAUCCUGGUUUGACCUCAAUGCACAUGACCCCCAUGCACAACAAUGGCUGUACACUGACAUUCCACAUUACUACGUUUAUACACAUGGACUUUGGCAAAAAAGAAAACGAGGAGGUGAUAAAAUCGUGGCAAGAAUGUAUACCGUCAGUCUCAAAAAUGAAAAACGCUUCUACCUACGCAUGUUACUUCUGCAUGUUCCCGGUGCAAUCAGUUUUCAAUCAUUGCGCACAGUCAAUAAUGUCGACUAUGAAACCUUUAAAGCCGCUGCUUUUGCUCGCGGACUACUUGCAUCCGAUGACGAAUGGCAUCACUGCUUAACAGAUGAAGCCAUCUACCUUAUGCCUAAACAGUUAAGGGAAAUGUUCUCAUACAUCUGCUGCUUUUGUCAGCCAACGCAACCACUACAAUUAUGGGAAGAUCACCUACUGAAUCUUACUCUUGACUUUAUGCAACACAAUUCUGCAAACAUUGCACAAAACAAAGCAUUACACCAAAUUAACACUAUUCUAAAACAACAUGGAUUUUCAUGUACAGUGCUUGGUUUGCCUAUUCCACAGGGCCAGCCACCACCUGAAGACCUCUAUAAUCUCACUGAAGAGUCACAGGAAGCUCAGAAACGCCUUGCAAUGCUCAACCCCCAACAGUUACAUGCUUUCAACACAAUUAUCAUGGCUGUGGAUAACAGCCAUUUUACCAACCACCAAUUUUAUCUGGAUGGGCCUGGGGGAUCCGGAAAAACCUUCCUCUACACCACACUCAUAGCAUACAUACGAGGAAAGGGGAACACAGUACUGCCAUUUGCAACCACUGGAAUUGCUGCUACCUUACUCAAAGGAGGAUGCACUGUUCACAGCGGAUUCAAACUUCCUGUACCACUGCUUCAUACCUCUGUUUCUUCCCUGCGCCUAACUUCACCGGAAGCACAAAUCUUACGUCAAGCAACCCUCAUCAUUAUUUCCCUCAUCAUUAUUGAUGAAAUUACUAUGCUCCCAAAACAUGGACUACGCUGUAUUGACACACUCCUACGUGACAUCAUGAACAUAAACACACCAUUUGGCAACAAAGUUAUCGUCUUGGGGGGGGAUUUCCGACAAACACUUCCAGUUGUUCCACGAGGCACCCAAACUGAUAUUCUUGAAUGCUGCAUUAAAGCAAGCCACCUGUGGAAACAUUUCGCUCAACUCACUCUUACAACCAACAUGCGCACAGAGGGAGACGAGGAACACAAUACAUGGCUUCUACACGUUGGAAUGGGAACCCUCCCACCAAACCCCAAUUUCAACGACAAUACCACCAUUCAAGUCCCACAACAUAUGGUCACCCAGGACGAUCUUAUAGAAACUAUUUUUCAUAAUCUACACGACAUGUCGGAGGAUGACCUUGCAAAACGAGACAUUCUUGCACCCACAAAUGCACACACACUCGACAUGAACCGAAAAAUCAUUGAUUUAAUGACUGGCAAUGCCACCAUUUAUUACAGCGCAGACUCUGUGGACACAGAAGAUCCAAACGACACUUUGAUCUUCCCCCUUGAAUUUCUACACAACCAAACACCCUCAGGAAUGCCUCCACAUGUCCUGCUAUUAAAAAAAGGAGUCAUUAUAAUGCUUUUACGCAACCUUAACCCACAAAAGGGAUUGUGUAACGGCACACGAUUAAUCGUGGAACACCUGGCACACCACUUCAUACAGUGCAGAAUUCUUUCCCAGUGCAACCACGGGGACGUUGUCUUUAUUCCACGCAUUGAUUUAGCUCCAAAUGAUACUACAUUACCAUUUAUCCUACGCCGUAGACAGUUUCCUAUCAUUCCAGCAUACGCUAUAACCAUCAACAGAUCACAAGGACAAACUUUUGAUCACGUUGGAAUUUUUCGUCAAACAUCCGUCUUCUCACAUGGCCAACUGUACGUUGCAUUAUCACGCUCUCGCAAUGCACAUCACGUCAAAGUACACAUUACACCUACAGAACAACAAGGACAACUCCUUGGUGGAGACCAACAAUUUACUAAAAAUGUCGUUUUCAAACAAAUUUUUCACAUUUAA